AUGAGAACACAAGAACCAACAGCAAUCAUCCCUUUGACCACAUCAGAACCAACGGGUAUACCAAUUCCAAUGAGAACACAAGAACCAACAGCAAUCAUCCCUUUGACCACAUCAGAACCAACGGGUAUACCAAUUCCAAUGAGAACACAAGAACCAACAGCUAAUGAUAUCAACGGAGCCAACAAUGGCAAUGAGCAGAAUGAUCAUGACUUGGAAAAAGACGUAGAAGAGCCACAACAGGCUGCCACGAGCUACACUGAAGCGCCCACUCGGUUGUAUACGACCAGCAGUCCUUCCCCAUACUUCGAUGGUGCUUGCUCUGUUGGUUCGGAGAUUUCUUGCAGAACUAGUGGUGGUCAAAGCUGCGACUAUAUCAUGGGGCCAUCUCACUUCGUCUGUGACUCUUAUGACGGCUACGCAGACUCGGUAUCUUUCAUGGUGACGGGGAAUACUUGCGCCUACACCAACCAUUGCGAAGAAACAUACCCAUACCAAAACCUUGAAGAACAACAGUACUACGUUCUCAUGCAGCACGGCUACGAUAUUGUCUAUGAAGGAGUUGUCGAGCACGGUCGCAUCUUCACUGUAGAUGCUAGAGAUUGUGGUGUUGUGACCAUCGUCAUCUCCACCGUGCCAGUAGGAUUUCCUAGACCCGGCUUGCCUCUUCAAGUUAUCCACAGGGUUCCUCUUUCUUGUCUUGGAACGGCAGGAAGAGACCUCACUCUCUCGGAAGACUUUGGAGCUCUGCGGGUUGUGAGCUUCAGCAACCUUGAUCAAGGUGUGCAAUCAAUCGUGGAGGAGAUCACACUUACCUAUACAAUUCAUAACUAUGGCAGGGUGGACGCAAGAGUGGACGAGGCGAUGGUGCAAAACGACUUUGACUAUGAAAUGCUGAAUUUGAUGGAGGACUGCGAGGACCCCACCCUACCUGCUGGAGAGCACAUAUCGUUUGACUCGAAACCAUACAUUGUCAAUGUUGUUGAUCGUAAUGGCCAGGACAUGUACACGGCCUUCCUUGCUGUCCAGUACGACAACUGUGGUGAUAGGGUGCGCUUUGCCGUUCAGUUAGCGGACGCGCCAGAAACUCGGGAGCCCUAUAACUACCCGACUGAUUAUCCAAGAACCAGAGUGCCCACUACGCCACACUAUUACCACACUGAGUCUCCAAUGACAUACAUGCCCAACGGAAUGGCAUCAGAGAUCAGAAUCAUUGUCACUCAUGUGGCGCUCCAAGGCGGUUCCGAGUGGAGGGACGGAACGUCGUACCAGGCAAAGGCGAUUCAAUGGCUGGAAAAUGACAAACUUGCCUAUGAUGGUCUCUCUCAGCAAAGGAUCUGGCAGCGCUAUGCGCUCGCAUGCAUUUACUUUGCCACCUACGCUGUGCCUAACCCAUACACGGUAUCUUCCACACGAGGAUGGAUCGAUUCAGCUGGGUGGCUCGAGCCUAUUUCGGAGUGCGAAUGGUUCGGGGUCAACUGUACCAGGGACUCGUUUGUAGAAUCUCUCGAUCUGUCUUCGAAUCGAUUGACUGGGACAUUCCCAAAUGAAACAAUGAUUCUGGCAGGAAACCUUACAUACCUCGACCUGUUUCAAAACCCUGUCCACAAUCAUGGUGACGAUGGUCACAUCUGGCUGAUUGAAAUGUACAAGUUGCAGCAUCUCUUUUAUGGCAGCACGAACUUCGAGUAUCAUCAUGGCAUUCCUUUCUAUCUCAUGGAGCUGACAAACUUGGUGGAGUUUGACUGUUCCAAUACACUCUACUCCGGCCCAAUCGAGCCAGAGUUGUUUGUGAUGUGGGAAAGAAUGGAAUGGUUGUCGCUGGGUGGAAAUGUUUACAACAGUACGAUUCCGAUGGAAAUCGGAAUGAUGCCCAAUCUUCAGCACCUCUACAUGGGAGACGCACAUCUGGUGGGAGGUUUGUACUUUCUGGAAAGUAUGGUAUCACCCCUUGUCGAUCUUUGGCUUGGCAACAAUCCCAGCCUUGGUGGUACAAUCCCCACGAGCAUUGCCCAUUCGCCUUUUCUCGAGAGCUUGUCUUUGUCAGGCUGCGGUCUCUCGGGGACGAUACCCGCAGAAAUUGGCCUUCUUCGGGAGCUGAAAUUCCUUUGGCUUUUCGACAACAUGCUGACCGGGACAAUCCCUUUCGAAAUGGGCGACCUGUUUCAGUUGCAAAUUUUGGAACUGGAAGACAACAUGCUGAUGGGUAUCAUGCCAGACCAAGUUUGUUCGAAUACGGGCCCCGACGGCUUCUUGAGCACCCUGGAAGCGGAUUGUGGUCAAGGAAACAACGCUUACAUUGAAUGUUCGUGCUGCACGUGUUGUGUUUCUUGUGGGGCUGUCCCAAGCAUGGUACCAAUCCACGGAGAGAUGGAUGCUCACGGCAUGCGUUGGCCACGUCGUCGCAGUCUUCAUUGAACUACUUUUCUAUGGACCUUUCCAUGGACCAAUCGCCCGGGAUUGUCAGUGGCAGCAAUAUAUUAGUGAAAGAGCGUAACGUAGCAAAUUUUGUGGUGUUCGUUGCCACUUCUAAUUAAUUAAAUAACUGCAAAGACGUGUUUUCAGCCAGGU